AUGCCGCGCGAAGAGCUUUCCACAAACAUAAAGGCCUUUCCGGGCUUCCUGCCAGUACAGCGCCGAUCGCUACCGCACAUCUACGAUGUACACGAGGCGCUUGGCUUGAAUCUACAUCCGACGUCCGUCGCUUCGGGAGCAGUAGCAGACGCGCAUGCGUAUUCUUCACCAGACCAUCGGAGCUCUGCGCUUCCGCUGGAGAUGCGCGAGCGCCAGCAGAAAGGGUAUUCCAUCAGAGGCGCAUCAAGCCAGUUGGUGUUGGCCAUUAUGGAAGGCAAGGACGGCAAGGGGAAAGCGCGCGAAAUUCAAGGCACCAACACGCCACAGAUGGGCAAGAUGAGCCGUGACGAGGGCAGUGGCCGAGACACUAGGUAUAGUGGCGAGACGAGCCUCAGCGACAGCAGCAGCGGCAUUUCCGCCUAUAACGCCUCACGCCACGCAAGGAACCAGCUGUUCGUCGAAGAGUACACCCCGGCUCAUCCGGCCCCGUCACACGCGCCUCUCCUCCAUGACGAUGAAAUCGAACAGCGACCAUGGAAAGGCCACCGUGAUCACGACUUGGACGACCCGAAUUACGACUGCGACUGGCUCGCGCAUGAGCGGCAAGUUCUUGGGCUCGGCAGGCGAAGACACCUGUUCCGAGGCAGUGCGUAUUCAUCUGACACCGGAGAGCCUUCGCUCCUUCCAGCCAGCAGCGCAGAGCCACGGUCGUCCUCAUGGCUGCUGCGGCGGCGACCGCGAAUGCGGGCUUGCCUCGGCCCCCUGUGCAAGCUGCUACCACUUGUUAUGUUACUCGUGCUCGGCAACACGUGGUUUUCUUACCGCCGCUCCCAAGUCGACAAUCGCAACCAACCGAACGCAGAAGCUGUCUUUCUGCAGAACCUCGACCCGGAACGUUUGGCAUACCUCGUCGGCCCGCGACCGGCCAAGCCGUGGGAAAUCACGGUGAACGAUCCGUACCGUAUCGCAGAGAUCAAGGGGCCUUCGAAAGAGCCCGCGCCACCGGCCGAUGUAUUCGAUGUUGAGAACGGGUUCCUGCCAAAGUGGUAUCCGCUGCCCGGCUUCUCCACGCAUGAGUUGGCGCGCGUAGAGGAGCUCCUGCCGAUUGAGAGUCAAGCAUGGCUCACCGAGGAAGAGGAAUGCUUGGAAGAGUGGAUUGCACAGGGCCAGCUGUGCAGCAAGCUGAACGUCACGCAAAAUGCACCUCGGGACCAGCACACGAUCAGACUCGACCCACCCGUCGACAUCCUCUUCACGUGGGUUAAUGGCUCCGAUCCGCUCCACCAGCAAAGCCGUCAAUACCACGUCUACUGUACCACCUCGACUGCACCCGCGCACGACGAGCUCUGUCCAAAAGGCGUGCGUUCGCAGCCGAACGGCAGACAGGAGCUGGUACCGGAGUCCGAACAGGAGUUGCAGGCCAAGUUGGAAAAGUGGCUACAAUCAGUCUGGCCCAUCUUGCUCACCAAGCAGAGAAUUCUGCCGAGGGAGCGAGAAUAUUGGACAGAGCGCAGCAAGCAGAAGCAGAUCGGUGUUGCAGGCAUGCGCUUUCUAGAGAUGGACGAACUACGUUAUGCCAUUCGCACAGCCGCCAAGACCAUCCCAAAUUUGCGCACUGUGCAUGUCAUCGCGCCGGACUUUCCCGCAUGGGCGCUCCCCGGCAUGGUUGCAGCCGUAUCGCGCGACACGGGCCGGAGCGUGGAGGACAUCCUUGUCGAGCAUAAGGCAACGCAUGUCCGUUGGACCGCGACGGCUGACGGCUCGGAGAGGGUCGGACAAAGGCCUGUGUGGCUCGAUAUCAACUCUGAUCGCGUGCUCACUGGCGCUGAUGCUGAGAAGCCGUCAAGUGUGGGACGAUUGGCUGAUGAGAAAGGUGUGCAACUUCGUCUACAUCACGACUGGUCGAUUUACGAUGUUGCGGGAACGCAGAGCAACAAUGCAACCAAGAUCCUACGCAAGCACAUCGCGCUGCCGACAUUCAACUCGAUGGCUGUCGAAUCUGUCAUCGAUCCUGUAUCCCUGCCUGGUCUAGCAGACAUCGCCCUCUUCGCCAACGACGACUUCUUCGUCAUGCGCCCGCUCAGCUUGGCCGACAUCGUCUCUCCUCUAUAUGGCCCAUCCCUGCGCUUCCAGGAAGAUCUUGUGGUCCACGGCCAUGACAAAUCCGUAUGGACCCGCGGGGGCGAGUGGCCCGGGCUCGAGAUGGCGUCGCAUCUGCUCGAUGAGCGCUUCGGUAAGCGCACACGGCGCUACCCUGUUCAUAUUCACCGCGCCAUGAGCCGCAGUCUGCUGCACGAGUCGCGCCUAAUCUGGCGCGAGGAUCUGACGGCUGCAGGCACGGCGCGAUUCCGUGGACUGGGGAUGAACAUCGUCAGUCAUUACCUCACGUUCAACAUGAUCAUCGAACGGCACCGAGAGGCGAUGCUCUGGAUCUUCAUCAUGCUGCGUUUGGAAAACAAUGGCGAUGGCGUCAUUGACGCAGACGAGCUGCGGACGUUACGCUCCUCUUUCGCCUUCGUAAACGGCUCCACAACAGAGAACGUCAGCCUAGUGCGUAUCCCGCGCCGUCGCACCGCGGCUCUGGAUGUUGUUGGCGCCAACCAUCAGGCACGCGGCGUCAAGCCAUCGCAGACGACCGAGUACCCGUUUGUCUCGGGCGAUGGAUUCCCGUACAGCGAUCUCUCGCGUCCAGCGGUUAAGGUGUGGGGCAAAGUUGGCUCAGGACCGUCCCAAAACUGGAACGUGGGUGGCUGGCCGCACUAUCUGCCGCAAGGAGACAAAAAGCCACGAGCCGAACCGGCGUGCCAAAUUGAGUGGAGUCGGUGCUUGUCAGACAACGGCACAACCUCCGAAGCCUUUUUCAAGCGUGUCACAUUCUACGAGCCACGCUGCGGUGACUGCUUGAUAACCCAUCUCGUGCAACAGAGUGGCGAAUUGGGUCUUUCUGCAGUCCUUCCAAGCCCAGAUCGGCUUUUACCUGAAAGCAACAAGAACAAAUCUUCCAUGCGCCGUGGCGUUCCUCAUCUGCCACUCACGCGCAAAUGGUUCUACGGCACUCAGCCUCGCGAACGCCAACCCGACUUUUCCGUUCAGUCUGUUGCCCGCUUAAGCGGCUGGUCCGGCGGUGGAGCACGCGACUUUGCACGCCGCCUGCUUAUGCGCUACUCGUAUGUUCUCGGCCACAGUCCGACCGAAUUCUUGCAGCUCGGUAAGGGCCCCGCAUCAAAAGCGCAGCUCGAAAGUUUGAGCAAGAACGGGAAAGCUGUGCUUGUGUGCAUCAAUGAUGAUAUUCAAGAUCACGAUCACACCUCCGUGCCCGCCUUCUUGAAGCAUUGGUUCAAGUACAUGUUUCCGGAUAAUUCAAUGCGCUUACCGUUCGAGAAGACGUAA